UCAAGAUAUGGCUACUGUGCGAUUUGGUUUGAAGCAGGUGCAAAAUUCCAACGUCAGUCCGUCUUUAUCCAUUCUCCAGGAGAAGAAAGGAAAAUCGGAAACGAAAAAGAAGGCGAAAAUAGAUGCGGUUCAUACUGAUAAAGAAAACCGGGAAACGCAAGCAACAGUUGAAGUUGAGUCUACGUUCGCACAAACUGAUGUUGCCACUAUCAAAGAAGAUGCUUCUAUAACAAAAGAGGAUCUCUUGAGUGACGAGCCGAGCUCGUCUUAUUGGCGAGGAUUAGCCGAGAAACUGGAAAAGGAAAUCGACAAGGAAUUGGAGAACAGUUUUAACGCUUCCCUCGAAUUGGACAAAUCUUAUGAGGAUCUAGAAGAUUCCAGAAAUCGCUUGAAACUUCUAAUGGAAGUUCUGGACGAUAUUCUGGAUGAGCAAGACGAUAAGGAGCAUCCAGAAGCCGAGGAGUGUGAAAGGAUGGACGAGACCCGGGAUAAGGUUUUCUGCCUGGUCACUUACACCGCCACGGCAUUCACUCUCAUUGCCAUUAUGGCCAUGACGAUCACUAUUCCAAUGGCGAAUAACUACACCAGUUCCAUUAGAAACACUGCCGAGCGCGAUUUGGACGAUUGCCAGAAAUCGCUGGAAGAAAUUCGCCAGCUUUCAACUCCAAUCGUCAAACGAGAGCCAAUGCAUUGGGUUGAUGGAGAAGCAACUGUACGUCAUAACGAAACUAUCAGAGAGAAGAGACAAGCAGGAUGUGCUGGUUGCUGUCUUCCCGGAGAACCUGGUGCUGUUGGAAAACCAGGUAGAAACGGUAAACCCGGAAGACCAGGAGCUGACGGCGCUCCUGGAUUCCCUGGACGUCCACCCAGAAUUUGCGAACAAAUUACACCACCACCUUGCAAUCCGUGCCCACCCGGACCACCUGGCCCACCAGGAAUCCCCGGAGAACAAGGACCACCCGGCGGAGGUGGAGCACCAGGCCCACCCGGACCGGCUGGACCACCAGGACCAAAAGGCAACGACGGCGCACCUGGAGAGGGUGGAGGUGCCGGACAACCUGGACCACCUGGACAGGCAGGAAACCCCGCACCCAACCGCGCCGCCAUCCCCGGACCACCCGGUCCAAAAGGAGCUCCUGGAAUACCUGGAGAGCCUGGAGCACCUGGUUUACCAGGACCGAAUGGACCACCAGGACCACCAGGCGCUAUGGGAGAGGCGGGCACCCCUGGACAGGAUGGACCAGACGGCCAACCUGGACAGCCCGGUCAAUCGGGUUCAGCCGGCGGAGCUGGAGAGAGAGGUGUCUGCCCAACAUACUGCUCUCGCGACGGCGGUGUGUUCUUCGAAGAUGGAACGCGACGACGACGACGCGUAUAGAUCACGAAAAACCUCGAAUAAUGUCAAUCGUUGUCUUAAUAAAUCUUUUGC